AUGUCUUUCUACUGUUUUGAAACGAGACAAGACCGAACUUUGGCCCCUUAUCCACCACCCGAAUUUAGCCAGCAAAUUGACCGAAUGUCACCUAAAGAAAUUGUAGACCACAUAAUUGCCACCAACAUCGACCCCUCGACCCUCGUAAAGAUUGAAAAACAAAUUGCGGUACCGCUUCGUCAACUCAUCUCACCGAGGGAAAAUCGUCGCCGCAGGUGCAUCCCGAGACCACAAAACAAUUUUGUACUGUAUCGAAGAAAUUUUCAUGCGGUCAUCACGAAGGAGAGGGGGCAUGCGGUCGCCAAGAACUUUAAACUCAUCUCAAAUGAGGCGGCCAAGAAUUGGUCCGAGGAGAGUAACGAGGUUAAACAACUUUACGAAUUGAUUGCCGAUUGCGCAAAGAAAGUUCACGAUUGUACAUAUCCACAGUACGUUUAUCAACCCAAGCAUAAAUCUUCAAAAAAAGGAAACAACACCAUAUUCCGUGAGGUGACCAUGGAUACCUGCAAACAAAAGACGGAAAGAACGAAAUCUGACCCAUCGAUGACCUCGACCAUGACCACUCUAUCAAUGGACACAACGUCAUCGAAGCCCAUAUCGUCAUCUCUAAAAUCACCAUCUCAAUCUGCCGAACGUCACAUGUCAUCUGUUUCACUCAUUAAAGACGAAUCAAAAGAAUGGCGCUGGGCGCAUUGUCAGUCAGAAUCAUUCAGACAAACCCCUUCAGAUUCCUAUCAAAAACCUCCACCAUCUCAAACGUCCAGUUCAAUGCAGGGCGUCGAGAAGAUUCCCGUGCAACAACCCUCGUCAUCGACGAGACUUCUUCCGCCAAUCGACAUUCCCAUCUCUACCAAUUUUAUGGAGGGUUAUGAUAAGAACGUUUGGAGUUUGGUCAAUGGAUACACCAAUUUGUAA